CCCCGUCUCCCAACAGCUUGUUUGCUCUUAUAAACGUCCCCUCAAACACUGGUUUGAAAAACAGGAGGUGCAUUAAAAGAAGAAGUAUUCAACUGAAGGCUAAAGUGAUCAGCAGAAAGGGUGAUGGCAGUGUCAGUCUCCAGGGAUCUCACAGUACGGGUGCUGGACGACCCGAAUACUCUCAAGCUUGCUGAGAGACAGCAGGCACUGAAGAUUGCCAUCCAGAAAGGAGAACCCAAAUGUCUGGGGGUUAGUCAGGUGAUGCUAGGACUGAUGGUCAUGUCCUACUCCAUUCCUCUGCUCUUCACUGAGUUCACAGAGGUGGUCACCCUGGGAGUUCCUUGGUGGAGCGGCCUGAUGUUCAUCACAGCAGGAGGAAUCGCAAUAUUCUUGGACAAACACUGCACCAUGAAGAUUCUGCAGCUGUGUCUCAUGAUAAGCAUGGUGUCUGUUAUGCUGUCAGUGGUGGCUGUGAUCAUCUACUCUGUGGACAUGAACAAGAAUCCUGAGGAGCCUUGUACCAAAACUACAGAAUACAAAAGAUGUGACGAAAAGCACUACGAGACGAGGCUGAGCAGGGGAGUGAAGUCGUCCCUCCUUGUCUUCACUCUGGCCCAGACAGUCAUCGCUGUCAUUCUCUGUGUCCUUCUCUUCAAGCAGAGGCGUAGCUUUGUAUCAUACACUCCUCUCGGUGAAGCAGCUCCACCCACUUCAACACUGCUUACAUCCCCCGACCUGAACUGAUCAGUUAUCCAUUGACUGAUUGAUCAGCUGUGUCCUGAUGAUUGAAAGUCUUGAAUUUGUCUAUCCACUUACAUCUACCACUUAUUUACUCUGCUACCUGGCAUGUUUACACAAGUGUGCCAGUUCUGUCAAGGGCCUUUUACACAGACGUAAUAACUGUUCAACACUGGAUUAAUGGUUCAUGGACGGCACAUCAGAGUCUAAGUGCAGCCAUGUGUGCAGGGAGGCAUUUUUAUCCAAGACUUUUAUCCAAGACUAAAGACUUUUUAUUCUGGUAUUCUCCUCUAAGACACAACCAUACUUUUUAUGUGUGGCACAUGAUGUCACAUAUGUAUGUAUGUGGAGCGUUCGGCUAUGCCCAGUCACAACCGCUGAAUAGUCGCCCAAGGGGCAAUUAACAAACAAUUUAUCCCCAAGGGGCAAUCUUUUGUUAAUUGCCCCUUAGGGAUAAAUAAAGUCUUCUGAUUCUGAUAGCAUACAGGGACCAUAUAGAAAUGCACUGCCUUGAAAGAAAAAAUGGAUCAUGGUUUUUGUAUCUGAAGAAUUUCAUAUUUGAAAGAUCCUGAUUUUGUAAUCAGGAGAAAAGGUUCUGCAAUUUUCAAAUGACAUAAACAAGAAAAUACACUAAAUGUGGAAGAAACGUACCUGCAUGAAGAAGGCACCCAGUCAGAAACAAACCCUGUGACUUCUUUUUCACAGUCCAGUCCAGGUUUUUGUCCUCUUUCAGGUUUGAACGUAGGUAUGGCACAUAGGAUACAAUGUGUGCAGUGUUUAGACUAUGUUUAAAAUAAAAAUAUGUUAUUGUCAUAAGAUUGUGUUAAGAGAAUUGUUCAUGCCAUCUUUGACAGUAUUUUGUGUAGAAAUAGAAAACGUCAUAAAUGAAUAAACACAUCAAACCCACUGUGUGAGACAGAAAGGCACACUGUCAACAUUGGACUAUGCAACAAAUGAAGCACCUGUACUGUCAUCAGGUGUUAGCAUUCUCACUUGAGGCUAAUUUUAUAGCUCAUAGGUAUGUAUGUAAAGUGCUCUGAGUGGUCAAACAGACCAGCAAGUGUUGGUAAAUGGACUGGUUCUUAUAUAGCGCUUUUCUACUCUACUCUGAGCACUCAAAGCGCUUAUACAACUAAUUCAUUCACCCAAUCACACCCAUUCACACAAGCACUUCUUCUAAGCUUAGUAUUAUCUAACGUUCAUACACAUUCACACUCCGAUGGAUGCAUCGGAGAGCAACAUGGGGUUAGUAUCUUGCCCAAGGAUAUUUGGCAUGCAGACAGGAGCAGUCUGGGUUAGUGGCUGACCUGCUCUGCCACCUGAGCUACAGCCACCCCUGGCACAUUGUAAUUCCUGUUGUGAGUUUCUGUCACAGUCCUUUUGAGUUCUCUCAGUUUCACUUGGAGCUUUUUUCUCACUCUUGUUAUUCACCUUAGCAUCUCUGUGGAGAUAGACUUUACAGUAUUAUUGUUUCAGCAUUUGUUAGUUUGGUCAAGUUUGUUGUUACAGCUUGGUUGAUGAGGCUUUGGAGGCGUACCCAGUGGCGGUCCUAGCCUGUUUGGCGCCCCGGGCGAACACGCCCUCUGGCGCCCCCCCGCUCCCCCACUCCCCCCCUACACACACACGGACGCACACACACACACACACAUAUAUGACCCUAUAUAUGAAGAGAGAGAGAGUAUGCAUAGCAUGCAAACGGCUACCAAACAGACAUCAUAAUUCGUCAUACAAUGAGAACAGGACAAAUCAGCAAUUGACACUGACUAAUUAAUAUUAUAUUAUUGUAUAUAUUGUUUGGAGUUUAGUCUCUUACUGUUACUAUUUUUACCAUUUCUUCUUGGAGGAACUGUAACCCACAUAAUUUCCUUAGGGAUUAAGAAAGUAUUCUGAUUCUUAAUGUUUUAGGAAACAUGACCUGCCAUUAUCCAAUGACACAUCUGCUUACCUGUAGCUUUUGCUCGUUUCUCCUUGUAGGAGCCAUAAUUAAAUGUAUUGAAUUUUAA